UCAUUUCAAAAAAAAAAAAAAAAAUGUUUGGCAAUAAAAAUGAAGAUUUAGACAUCGAUAUUGAUCAACCAUUGUUUGCACGACCUAAACAUGAUGGCCUGGAUGCAUUAUGUCAAAUGACACAUUAUGAUAAAAAAGAAUUAAAAUUGAUAUAUCAAGGAUUUAAACAGGAAUGUCCAAAUGGUUACUGUUCUGAAGAGGAAUUUGUCAAUAUUUUUGCCAAAUAUUUCCCACAAGGAGAUGCAACAAAAUAUGCCCAUCUUGUAUUCAAUACAUUACGGCCAAUGUGUGAUCAAGAAUCUGGUUGUCUAAAUUUUGGUCAAUUCAUAAAGGCAUUAUCAUCAUUAUCAAGAGGAACAGUGAAAGAAAAAUUGAAUUGGAUUUUCAAUCUAUACGACAUUGAUCGUGAUGGCUAUAUUAGUAGAAAUGAAAUGCAUUUAAUCACCAAUGCUAUCUAUGAAUUAUUGGGAGAAUGCGCAAUACCAUUGAGUGAUAUUCGUAAUGCAAAAGAACAUGCAGAUUUAUUUUUUCAUAAAAUUGAUCUCGAUAAAGAUGGAUUAAUAUCAUUCGAAGAAUUUGUUAAUUGGUGCAAAAAAGACUCAAAUAGGCUAGCUGAAUUUCAAAAAUUCGAUACCGUCAUCUAGAUUUUCGCAUUUUUUUUUUUUUUUUCUUCUUCUUCGUUUUGGUUCCACACACAUUCCUGGUUGUCUUCUCAUUCGAUUCAUCACGGAUUUUCGCUUGUUUCAAUCACUUAUUUAUGUGCACAGCACUGGAGAGAGAGAGAGAGAAAAAAAAAAGUUCAAUUAAUUUCUCAAAAAAAAACUUUCACUUUUUGCCUUAGCCUAAAUUUAAAUUUAUGUGUGUAUGAAUAUUCAUGAAUGUAAA